GAGAUGUUUGUAUCCAGUUCCAUUGAUUUUGCAAAGAUCUUGGGAGAAUUCUUUGCUUUUACCCAUCAUGAUAUAUUUCUUGAAAUGCUGACAUCAAACCAUGCAACAGAACAGGAAUAUACAGUAGGGCCAUUAGCUGACAUUACAAGAUGUCACAUCACAAGACACCUCGUGAGAAAAUAAGGAAGAACAGCCUAACAGGAUUUAAUAGCUUAACCUUUGAGCCUUUUCCAGCUUUGCUCAGCAGUACCUCCUCUCUACAUUCAUGCAUUUUCUGUUAACUGUAGGUGAAAGAAGGACAGAAGUGGAGUGUUGCCAGCUGCCUCCAGAGCCCUACUUCUCCCUUGCUUUGUAAAGCAAUCAGGCCUCUGACCCCAGCAUGUCAACCGAUAUGGAACCCACUAUUGUAACAUCUGAUUCUAUGAACAUUGAGAUAACAACAGCAGCUUCUACAGAAAGCAAGACUGGUCUCAAGAAAGAAAAGAAAAAUGAGAAGACAGAGGAGUACUUGGUAACCAGGUUCCAAGGAGAUGGUGUGAGAUACAAAGCUAAACUGAUUGGUGUUGAUGAUGUUCCAGAACCUAGAGGGGAUAAAAUGAGUCAGGACUCAAUGAUGAAGCUUAAGGGAAUGGCCAUUGCUGCUCGGUCCCAGGGCAAACACAAACAGAGGAUCUGGAUGAAGAUCUCCCUUACAGGAAUUAAAAUAAUUGAUGAGAAAACUGGGGUGAUUGAGCAUGAACAUGCAGUGAACAAGAUCUCCUUCAUUGCCAGAGAUGUUACAGACAACCGUGCUUUUGGUUAUGUGUAUGGUGCUGAAGGACAACACCAAUUUUUUGCCGUUAAAACAGCUCAGCUGGCGGAGCCGGUAGUAAUUGACCUAAAGGACCUGUUCCAGUUAAUCUUCAACAUGAAAACAAAGGAAUCCCAGGCUCCAAAGCAUAAUGGUGGUGAUGCCCUGCUCUCUCUUGAGGAUGAAGUGACCAUUGUGAAAUCUCCUGCAAAUGACCACUUGGGAACUGACUUGUUCACACCUGAGGACAAGAACGAUAUCACUCAGGUGGACUCCUCCAUUCCAGCCAACCUUUUUGAAACCCCCAGUCCUUUCGCAUCCAUGUCCGACAAGACCAAUAUCACCCAGGUGGACUCCUCCAUUCCAGCCAACCUUUUUGAAACUACCAAUGCUACCAGUCCUUUCGGUACAACGUCCCUGGGUCCCCCACGUGCAGUUCCUGAAAUUGCCCCUCACAUGUGGCCACAGACAGUUGCCUCUAUGAUGCCUCUCCAGGGUGGUGUAGUCUCUGCACAAUCCACCACUGCCUUUGGUGGUCCAUCCAUUCCUUGGGGGAAUCAUGGAUCACCCCCCUUUGGAGCUCCAGGUGGACCACAGUCCUGGAGCCAGACCAAUCCUGCAGGGUCAGUAGGUGCCUGGCCUCAGUCUGCUCCCAUAGGCAAUCACUUUCAACACAGCCCCUUGCCGGGCAUAGGUGUCAUGGUAGGUGGGCAACAGCCAAUAUCCAUGCCCCCAAUACGUGUACCUCCUAAGCCACCGAUUAAAGAGGAACCUCCAGUGAUGAAGAAUGCCUUCAUGACCCUGGAUCCCUUGGGUGAGAAAGAAAAAAAGAUAGGAAAAGACAUGUUCAAGGAUUUCCAGAUGGUUAAGCCUCCUCCCACCUCAAUAGGGAAAGCUGAGCCAGCUUCCACCCCUCAGCUCAGUCCCAACGGAGAUGAAGCAUUUGCUCAGUACUUCACCAACAGAGUAGGUGUGCCUCAAGAUGUGGCAGACCAUGAUGACUUUGACAUCAAUCAGAUGUCAUCCAACAUUAAUGGAAAAAACAAAAUAUCUCAUCAACAAGUUAGUCCUGUAUCCUCCACCACGGCUCUUGUUUCAGCUACUGGAGCUGUAGAAAUGGCAUUUGCCCCAGACUGCAACCCGGUUUCAACCUCAUCAUUAGAUCAGUUUAACAAUGCCUUUGGUACUGAUCCUUUUGGUAUAUCAUUUGAGAGCGCUCCAGUCACCCAAACAACAGAUAAGCCAAACCCUUUUCAGGACCCACUGGGAGAUCUCUUCAGCUGAGAAGCUACAGUCUAAUGAUGUUUUUGUGCUUGAAUUGAGAGAUGUGGAUUGAAAAUGGACUUCAGAUGAACAACCUCAUCUCUGCCUUGGAUGUGUUAUUCGAUUUGUUAAAUGUUGAUACUAACACACACAGAUGAUUAUAUAAUAAAAGUGUCUUAGAUUUUGCCUAUAAUCCUUCUGGAGAUGAAAGACUAAUUCCCCAAUUUUGUACCCAGUAAAUGGAAAAAGGCAAGCUUAUACUAUGUGUUCCAGAUUUGUCUUGUUUUCAGUAAUAAAAAGAGAAGAUUCUUAUUCAAAAUGUCAGCAAUUAUAAUGUCAUGUGUUUAUUUCAUUGAGCUAUUCUCUCGGCUGAUAAUACUUUUGGAAAAAAUGUAAUGUUGUCUAUUUACUUCACUUCUCAAUGCUUAUGUGAAGAUGUCUAUAUUAGCAGAUAUAUUGUCACAUAAUCAUUACAUAAUAAUCAUCACAUAAUCUUUACCAACUACAAAACUGCUCAAUAAAAAUGAUUAUUGAUACAUA